CUGUAGGAAUGACAGCUCCCUUCACAGCUCACCUGGGAGAUAGGUGUGUAACUGUGAGGCUAGAGUCGAUUUUCUAAGCUUUUAGAAAAAGGACAAGAGUUUUCUAUUAAAAAUGGAACCGUACGACGUGAUUGUGAACCAGCCGGUGGUUAUUGACAACGGUUCCGGCGUAAUUAAAGCAGGCUUCGCGGGCGACCAAAUACCGAAAUGCAGAUUUCCGAAUUACAUGGGAAGACCAAAGCAUGUUCGGGUAAUGGCUGGUGCCUUGGAGGGGGACAUAUUUGUUGGUCCCAUAGCCGAAGAACACCGUGGCCUUUUAUCUUUACGUUAUCCAAUGGAACAUGGUAUUGUCACGGAUUGGAAUGAUAUGGAAAGAAUUUGGUCAUACAUUUAUAGUAAAGAUCAACUGGCCACAUUUAGCGAAGAACAUCCUGUACUCUUGACUGAGGCCCCACUUAAUCCUAGGAAAAAUCGAGAGAAAGCAGCAGAGAUCUUCUUCGAAUCGUUGAAUGUGCCAGCUCUAUUUGUAUCUAUGCAAGCUGUACUUAGUUUAUAUGCUACUGGUAGAACAACUGGUGUUGUACUAGAUUCUGGAGAUGGUGUCACGCAUGCAGUACCCAUUUAUGAAGGUUUUGCAAUGCCUCACAGUAUAAUGAGGGUGGACAUAGCAGGCCGUGAUGUUACACGAUAUUUGCGAUUAUUGCUGCGCAAGGAGGGCAUUAAUUUCAGAACCACAGCAGAGUUUGAAAUUGUUAGAACGAUGAAAGAACGUUCUUGUUAUCUUGCCAGUAAUCCGCAAAAGGAGGAGACUGUUGAAACAGAAAAAUUCCAGUAUACUCUACCGGAUGGCAGUCAUCUUGAGAUUGGUCCAGCCAGGUUUAGAGCGCCUGAGGUGCUUUUCAGACCUGAUCUUAUAGGUGAAGAAUGUGAAGGACUUCACGAAGUACUAAUGUACUCGAUUCAGAAGUCUGAUUUGGAUCUGAGGAAAGUUCUUUUCCAAAAUAUUGUACUGUCAGGAGGCUCGACACUCUUCCGUGGAUUUGGCGAUAGGUUACUCUCUGAGAUUCGAAAGAUGUCACCGAAAGACAUUAAAAUCAGGAUAUCCGCUCCUCAAGAGCGCUUAUACAGUACCUGGAUAGGAGGCUCAAUCUUGGCUUCCUUGGAUACAUUCAAGAAGAUGUGGGUGAACAAGCGCGAAUAUGACGAAGAAGGUUCCAGGGCGGUUCAUCGUAAAACAUUCUGAGCCUAAUUUUCGAAAUAAUUAAUCCGAUAUAUCGAAUAAUUGUAAACAGAACACACGAACAAUGCUCGGCACAACACUCGCACGUACCGCAUUAACCAUAUAUUUAUAACGCUUUAAUCGCCCCAGUUUCUAUUGAUUUGUGCUAUGCAUUAAGAGGAUUUUGAGUCCAGGACAGGACUUUUUUACGUUGUAAUUGGUAUCAGUUAAAAAAGGUGACGAAAAAAUCAACAUUGCGUGUAUUUUUAACGACGCAUUAUUCAGAAUAGGUAAAAACUUCCUCUUUCUCGCUACCCGUAGUAAUGAUUAAAUGAAAAGCCGCAAGACGAUAAGCAAUUGCUCAGGAUCGUCGAAACGUGAUUAGUCGCUGUCGUUUUUUCUUUCUCUAAUCGUAAAUUAAGGAUCGAGCGGUGAUCCAUCCACGCGAUAUUUAAGUUAAAACUACAUCGAUAUUUCUUUUUCCUUUCUCCCUUUUGAUACUGCGUAUGGUUCUAUUAGUAUAUGAUAGACCGACGAAGCGUAUAUUUAAGUGAAAAGAACAAGAUGGAGUUGCUAUAUUUAAAAUACUGUUUAAUUUAAAGAAAAGACGAAAAAGAAUCAGAAAAAAAAACACUACCGAAUUGUUCAGAGGCCGUAGCGAUUUUGCAAAAUAUUUGUAAAUAUGUACGCUUUGGUAAAAUAAAACUGUAAAAUCUUGGAGAACAUACGUCUGCCGUUCAGUUUUCCAAUUCUGGUGAGACGCGUAUGAUAUGACAACCUUAAUACGAUAUGCAAUAUUGUAGCAAAUUCAGAAUGCGAACUUGUUCUUCUAAAGAAAGGAGUAUCUUUAUUUAAUUUAAGUGGUUUAGCCUAACUGUGAUAAGCAGUAUGCGACCGAGCAUUGGAUUAAUGUGUGCAAAAGUAACUUCUCAACAUCUGGAAAUUUCGAUAUGAAAUAUUAACGAGGCCUACCGUGUUUUUGCUUUACGCAAAAAAUUCAUGGCGACACUCUACUGGCAGCAUUUCGAAGGCUUCGUGAAAUCUUAACAUCAAGAAUGUGAAUGAAAACUUCAAGGAUAAAUAUAUUAUUCUUUGUCAUCUGAAUACCAAAACCGGAAAGAUUAUGCGUCGACGAGAUUGCAUUAACGAAAUAGCACAUGUUUAGCAGCUUAAAACCAAUAUUAUCUAAUUAUUAAUAAUUGUAAUAUUUAUAUUGUCUACCAUUCAUUUAAUAUGUCUAUUUAUAUUAAAAAUAAAAAAUUCCAAAAAGCCUUA